GACCUCAUUAUCUCAGGAGCGCCCAGAGGGACCCGAAAAUGAGCCCCCAAACCCCCCCUGAGCCCCCCAAAUGCUGCUGCUUCAACAUCAAGACAGCAACAGUGGCCCUGGGGAUCUUCCACAUGGUCAUGAGCAUCCUGCUGCUGAUCGAGUAUUCCCUGGAGGUGGCCAAUGGGAAGGGCUUCUGCAAAGACCUGGAGAAGGAUUACUACAGAAUUGCUGAUAUCACCACCAGUUUCCUGCUGAUCCUCAUGUUGUUUGUCAUCAGCUUCCACCUCCUGCUCGGGGUGCUCAAGAUGAGGGAGCGGUUCCUGAUCCCCUUCCUGGCUCUGCAAGUCAUCGAUUUCCUCCUGAGCCUCCUGACCAUGUUCAGCUCCUACAUCCAGGUGCCAGCGAUCAUCUCCGUGUCCUCCCUGGGCCACACGCAGGGCCACUCCAGGACUCCCCUGCUGGCGCUGCAGCUGCUGGAUUUCUGCCUGAGCAUCCUCACCCUGUGCAGCUCCUACAUGGAGGUGCCAACCUUCCUCAGCCUCAAGCCUGUGGAGAGUGGGGGCUCUCUGCCAGCCCUGGAGAAGCUGCCAGCAGAGGAAUAUGUCAAAGUGAUGAUCACCUUCACCAUCGCCUUCGUGGCUGUGCUCGCCCUCAAGGCCUACAUGUUCAAGUGUGUCCUGAGCUGCUUCAAGUUCAUCAAAGCCAGCAGGAGGGAGGAGGCGAAAGUGGAGUCACACGCAGUGGAAAAGGCUGUGCUGCCAUCCUAUGAGGAAGCCCUGGAAUUGCCUUCCAAGGAUUGUCCCCCUCCCUACGUGGCCAUCUGAGCCCAGCCUGGGGGAGCUGACCCUGGGUGCUGCUGGUGCCUCCCCCAGCCGAGCCCCAGUGCUCACCCAGAGCAGUUCCCUGGCUUUUCCAGCCACAUCCUGCCAGGGAACGGCUGGAGUCUUGUCCUGCUCUGGCACCCCAAAUUCCUGACUCUGGCAUUCCAAAUUCCCCAUCCUGGUACCCCAAUUUCCUGACUCUGGCACCUUGAUUUCCUGACACUGGCACCUCAAUUUCCUGGUUCUGGCACCCCAAAUUCCUGACUCUGUCACCUCCACUUCCUGACUUUUGCACCUCAAUUUCCUGGUUCUGACACCUUAAUUUUCUGAUCCAGGCACCCCAAAUUCCUGACUAUGGCGUCCCAAUUUCCUGACUCUGGCACCCAAAUUCAUGACUCUGGAACCCCAAGUUCCUGACUCUGGCACCUCCAUUUCCUGACUCUGACACCCCAAGCUCCUGACUCUGGCACCCCAAGUUCCUGAUUCUGGUACCUCAAUUUCCUGAGUCUGGAACCAAAAUCUCCUGUCUCUGGUAUCCCAAAUUCCUGACUCUGGCACUUCAAUUUCCAUACUCUGGCACCCCAAAUUCCUGACUCUGGCUCUGGUUGCCAUCCCUGGAAUCUUGGAUUUGGCUGCUGUGGGUGCAGGGCUGGCCUGAGCCCUGCCAGUUUUGCCCUGUGCCAUGGUGGCUCUCCUCUGGCUCAGCAGGGAGACCUUUAGGAAUUAAAGGAUGAUCCUGGUUGAGGGUAACUUUGAGAGAAAAACUUCUAAAGGGAUUUCUUCUAGAAAAACAAAUUCAAGUGGUUCCUCCCCUAACUGAUUCGGGAAAAAGAUUUCCUUGGAGACAAAUGGAAAAAACUGUUUAUUUAAUAAGCAAAGCAUUCAUCAGCAUAAAAAAUGAACAAUAUUAAACAACAAAACCUCUUACCACUCCAAAAGAGAUGACAAACUCAGAAAAGUCCCCUUGGUGGGCUGUAGCUCAGCUCACUCAGCGUCUUAUCAGUCCCUCUGACCAAAAUGGAAAAUGGAAAUGUUCCAUGGAAAUGGAAAUGUUCCAUGGGACAUGGAAGGAAAAUGGAAAUGUUUCUAUGGGACGUGGAAGGAAAAUGGAAAUAUUCCAUGGAAAUGGAAAUGUUCUAUGGGACAUGGAAGGAAAAUGGAAAUUUUACAUGGAAAUGGAAAUGUUGCAUGGGACAUGGAAAUCCCAUGUCAAACUGUGACAGGGAUGAACAGGGAAGGAAUUUUCUCUGGGAUAACCCAGCCCUGCAGCUCCUCCAGCAGAAUUCCUACAGCAAAGGGAUCAGCCAAAAAUUCCGCAGGAACUGCAGCCCUCACCCUGUCUGCUUGUGGUGAUUGACACAACCCAGAAUAUCCAGCUCUGCAGUUUCAUACCUGAGUGGGUGCAUUUUUCUCUGCUUUUAUAUCACUUGGAAGACGAGUUUCAAUUAAAAUAAAAAUGUUAAUGGCUUCCAAACUGUGA